AAGUUGUUUCUCCCGAUUAUAAAGAAAGCAAACCAUACAGCGCUAACUUAUGUUCCACAGUUGACGUAUGAAAAUAAUUCUUGUGGCCUGUUAGGUAUUCUGGUCGCUCUCUAAUAACCUUUUAGGUAGUACGACUUGUUCAUUAUGAACUAAAUAAGCAGAUCAUUUAGUACAGUUUUUAAAGAAAUCCCGAGACUGGCUGUAAGGCAUUAUGGCAGGCGUUAUCCGGAGGCUGGAUGAGACCGUUGUGAACCGCAUUGCUGCUGGAGAAGUCAUUCAACGACCUGCUAAUGCGAUUAAAGAAAUGAUUGAGAACUGUCUGGAUGCAAAGUCCACCAACAUUCAGGUGAUUGUCAAAGAGGGAGGACUGAAGCUGAUCCAGAUUCAGGAUAAUGGCUCUGGAAUUAGGAAAGAAGACCUGGAAAUUGUUUGUGAGCGGUUUACAACAAGCAAGCUUCAGACUUUUGAGGAUCUUGCAUCUAUUUCAACGUAUGGUUUCAGAGGAGAGGCACUUGCCAGCAUAAGUCAUGUGGCCCAUGUUACAAUUACCACAAAAACAGCCGAUGGAAAAUGUGCCUAUCGAGCAAGCUACUGUGAUGGAAAACUGAAAGCCCCAGCAAAACCUUGUGCUGGAAACCAAGGGACAUUGAUCUCAGUAGAAGACCUGUUCUAUAAUGUACAAACCCGAAGGAAAGCCCUCAAAAGCCCCAGUGAUGAAUAUUCCAGGAUUGUGGAAGUAGUGAGUAGAUAUGCCAUUCACAAUUCUGGGAAAAGCUUUACUGUCAAAAAGCAAGGAGAGAUGGUGGCUGAUGUGAAGACUUUUGCCAGUGCCUCAGUUUUGGACAACAUUCGUGUGUUGUUUGGAGUAGCACUAAGCAGGGAGAUGAUGGAAGUGGGGUGUGAGGAUCAGAAGCUUGCUUUCAAACUGAAGGGUUAUAUCUCAAAUGCUAACUACUCAGUCAAGAAGUGUAUUCUCAUCCUGUUCAUCAACCAUCGUUUAGUGGAAUCCUGUGCCUUGAAGAAAGCAAUUGAGACUGUCUAUACAGCAUAUCUUCCCAAAAACACACAUCCUUUUCUCUAUCUCAGUUUGGAAAUUGCACCUCAUAAUGUUGAUGUGAAUGUCCAUCCCACCAAGCAUGAAGUGCACUUCCUCCAUGAAGAUUGCAUCAUUGGAAGCAUUCAGAAACAUAUUGAGAGUAAACUACUUGGCUCCAAUUCCUCCCGCACUUAUUUUACACAGACUUUACUUCCUGGGCUGUCAGUAUCUGUCAGUGAUGUGAAAACCUCAAGCAGUUCAACAGCUGACCACAGUGAGCAUGUCUAUGCCAAUCAAAUGGUGCGAACUGACAGCAAGGCCCAAAAACUAGAUGCUUUUCUACAGCCAGCAAAUAACCUUUCUUCAGUUCCCUGCCUUAUAGCAAGUCCUCCAAAACUUGUCCCAGCUACUGCUGAUUUCGAAGCAGAUAUUAAUGAUGGUCCUGAGGAGUUGCUGGUCAAUGCCACACAUGACAUGCAGAUUAACAGUGCACAUGUCCAGUCAGAGGCUCCCCUAAGGAAACGGCCUCAUGUUGAUGAGGAAAAGGAGGAUGUGACAUUGGCCUGUACUCCCCAGCGACGGGUUAUCAGACUAACUAGCGUGAAGGAGCUGCAAAAUGAAAUCACAGAGCAAGCUCAUAAAGGUUUGCAGGAAAUACUAUAUAAUCAUUCAUUUGUUGGAUGUGUCAAUCCCCAGUGGUCUCUAGUCCAACACCACACCAAACUGUACCUGUUAAACAACACCAAACUCAGUCAGGAGCUGUUUUACCAGAUUUUGAUCUGUGAUUUUGGUAACUUCGGAGUUCUCUGGUUGUCGAAUCCAGCCCCUCUGUAUGACUUGGCCAUCUUGGCACUGGACUCGGAGGAGAGUGGCUGGACAGAGGAGGAUGGGCCUAAAGAAGGACUGGCCCAGUAUAUAGUAGAUUUCUUAAAGAAAAAAGCUGAAAUGUUGGAAGAUUAUUUCUCCAUGAAGAUAGAUGAGGAAGGGAAACUGACUGGUCUACCACUGCUGCUGGAUAACUAUAGUCCUUCAAUGGAGGGUCUGCCAUUGUUUAUCUUGCGCUUAGCCACAGAGGUGAACUGGGACAGUGAGAAGGAUUGUUUCCAUGACUUCAGCAAAGAGUGCAGUUACUUCUACUCCAUAAGAAGAGAGUACACACUAGAGCCAGAGGCAGGAACAGAUCUUGCAGGUCAUGGGGAGCCUGUAGCCUUUCCCAGUGAACUUGGACAGGGUGCCAACCCAUCACACGCACGCACGCACGCACGCACGCUCGCUCGCUCGCUCGCUCGACUGGAGGAGGAAACCGUAGUACCAGGAGGAAAACCCCGAAGCAUGGGGAGAACAUGCAAACUCCACGCACACAGGGCGAAAGAUUGCUUCAUUUCAAAUCUAUGGGCCUGACUGUAUAUAACUUACUCAUUUUGAUGUCAAUAUCCCAGUUUCAAUAAAUAGUCUGUUCAUAUUUCUGUAUAGUUCAAAUAGUCUGUUCAAUGUGUGUGCUCAUUUCUAUGAAGCUUUGAUGAAUAAGGACCAUUGAUUUAAACUGAAUAUUUUUGUAGGAGGCAGAACCGAGCUGGCAGUGGAAGGUUGAACACAUUAUCUUCAAAGCAUUGCGCUCUCUCAGCCCCCCAAAACAUUGUAGUGAAGAUGGCAGUGUCCUCCAUAUAGCCAACUUGCCUGACCUCUACAAAGUGUUUGAGAGAUGUUAAAAACCUACAGAUGAAAUUAAUAAAUGUAUGUCACCAUUGUGUGCUUUGAUGUUAGUAAGCAGUCAUGAAGGCUGUCUUUGCUUACCCAUAUCCUGUAUUCAUAUUUGAUGGGCAUUGUUACAUGGAUUUUGGCUUUUGAAGAUGAAUAUUUGUAUGCUUUUUCCCUAUAAUGUGUUUAAAACCAAUAAAUAUUUUAUUAUUCAUUUUUAUUGAA